GAAACAAGUAAUUGCAUUUCAAAUACACUCUCUAUGCCUAACUUUGCACCGAGAGCUCUAAUGGCAGCUGCAACCACAAAGCUGGGGAGAGCUCUGCAACAAAGACGCACCUUCGUAAACGCCAGAGUCAAAUGGGUCAGUGACUACUACCUCGACGAAGCUGUUCAACGAGAGAAAAACCUCAAGCAAGUUCUCUCUCUCAAGGAUCGAAUGGUAUCUUCUCCGUCGAAAUCUCUCCCUCUCUCUUCCCUUUCACUCCUCAAGCCUCUCGUCAAUCUCCACAUAACCGCCGCCGCGUUUUUCCAGAAAUACCCUUCUGUCUUCACCACUUUUCAGCCCUCUCGUUCUCAUCCUCUCCACGUUCGUCUCACUCCCCAAGCUCUAGCCCUCCACAAAGAAGAAGAGACGAUCCACAUCUCGCCGCCUCACCGCAACGUCACCGUUAAACGGUUGACCAAAUUCUUGAUGCUAACGGGAGCUGGAAGUCUUCCUCUCAAUGUCGUCGAUCGUUUCAGGUUCGAUUUGGGUCUCCCUCACGAUUACAUAACUUCGCUGAUUGGUGAUUACCCGGAUUACUUUGAAGUAACUGAGAUCAAAGAUAGGUUAACGGGUGAAAAGACGCUUGCUUUGACAAUUUCUUCGCGGCGGAACAACCUCCCUGUGUCGGAAAUGGAGAGAAGAGAAGCCACCUUUGAUGGGUGUCGUGUGAAAAAAGGAUUGCGCAUAAGGUAUUCGAUGAAUUUCCCCAAAGGGUACGAGUUGGAUAAAAGGGUGAAGAAUUGGGUGGAGCAAUGGCAAAAUCUCCCAUACAUUUCGCCUUAUGAAAAUGCCUUUCACUUAGGGUCGUACAGUGAUCAGGCUGAGAAGUGGGCGGUCGCAGUACUUCAUGAGCUUUUGUGCCUCUUAGUAUCUAAGAAGACUGAGACAGACAAUGUGCUUUGCUUAGGGGAGUAUUGGUUCGGGAUGAGGUUCAAGAAUGCUUUGGUGCACCACCCGGGUAUAUUUUACAUGUCGCACAAGAUUCGGACCCAGACUGUUGUUCUAAGGGAAGCUUACCACAAAGUUUUCUUGCUGGAGAAGCAUCCAUUGAUGGGGAUGAGGCAUCAGUACAUUUAUCUUAUGAGCAAAUCAGGGAGAGGAAAGAAACGCGACUCUGUUCAUGGCAUUGAGAGUGGAAGCAACCAAAAAAGGAGAGCAAUCAAAGCUUGUGAAGAUGGUGAUCAGAGAGGGUAUUCGUAGUGUGUAGACUGAAUGAGUUGCUAUGACUGGGUCGAGUAAGGACAGCUGAAUCGAGAAUGGAAUUGAUUGCUGAUAUGGUAACAUUGUGCAAGAUUUCAUGUUUGAGUCCUUGAUUAGGUUCUUGCAGACUCAGCGGGCAAUUGGAGUAAACAGAACUUAAGAUGUCGCAUAUUAGCUAGAAAAGGUUUUACAAAGAUGCCGGGUCUGACAGCUAUUGUCUUCGCACAGAAAGCCGUAAAGCGAUUGACGGUGUAUGUGUUAAGGUAACUUCAAAAGAUUAACUGGCUUGCAUACUGAAGGCCAUCACAAGUAACUGAGUAAGUAAAAAGGAUGCAUGCAGAGAAAGCAGUUUAUAAACUUACACAGGUCUUCUUAGCUACUUUGGAGAGAGGCAUGUAUGUAUUGAAUAAGCAUGGGAAGAGAUUAAAGUCAAGAGUAAAUAACAUGACAAGUAUGAGUCCCCUUAUUCCCAGCAAUAUCUUACUAGAAUUUUGUUGCCCACUUGCCCUUGAUUAUCAGAACCGGAGCAAUGGGGUCUUUUGAAAGGUCCCAACCUGGAUUUGCAGUCCGCAGAUGGGCCUCUCAGUUCAGCCACUUCCUGACCAAACAUAUAACCAGGUUUUUUUUAUAGCUUUCAGUUUACGUAUUAUUAAUUUAUUAUUAUCGUGUGUUAACUUAAUUUUAGACAAGCUGUUUUAAACAUUUCAUACCUCUUGAGUGUAUUAUAAGUUUAUGACCAAGUAAAACGUAUUAUAAGA